GCGCCAUGAUUGGAGAGGAGAGGUCUGGAGAAUAGUUCACGAGGAGCACAGCAGGAGGAUCACUGCCGCGCAGGGGGGAACAGGGAGAAGCAGAGCAGCAGGCAGCAGGACGCGGGAAAACAGAGGAGGACAGACUGUCAGCGCGAGCCGAACAUUCCGCAGAUGGGUUCUCAGGUGUCUUCAGAGCUCCAGGACAUUCAUGUCGUGGUGGUCGGCGGAGGAUUUGGAGGAAUCAUAGCAGCUCAGCGCCUCAAAUCCCAAAAUGUGAAAUUCACUCUGAUCGACAUGAGAGAUGCUUUCCAUCACAACAUCGGCGCCCUGCGAGCCUCCGUUCAGUCCGGCUUUGCCCGGAGGACCUUCAUCCCGUACGCUGAGACAUUCGGAGACAGCUUUGUCCAGGGCCACGUGGAGCGAGUGGACACAGAGAGGCAGACGGUCGUCCUCCGGGGGGGUCGGGAGAUCCAGUACACUCACCUGAUCCUCUGCACCGGGACCGACGGCCCGUUCCCCGGGAGGUUCAACGAGGCGGCCUCCUACCAGACGGCCAUUGAGAAGUACGAAGACUUCAUCAAAGAGAUCCAGGCUGCCGACUCCGUGCUGGUGGUUGGUGGAGGCUCCUCCGGGGUGGAGAUGGCUGCUGAGGUCAAGACGGCGUUUCCCACCAAGAAGGUAGUCCUCAUCCACCCUAAAACCGACUUGGGGGACCCGGACCUGCUGCCUGGGGUCAGAGACCAGGCCAAACAGGUGCUGCUGGAGAAAGGAGUGGAGCUGCUGCUGGGGGAGAAAGUGCGCGACCUCCACCAGCUGCAGCUCAACACCACCCAGAAGGACAUGGAGGUCACCACCGAGGGAGGAACCAAACUCCACACAGACCUGAUCAUCUGCUGCACGGGACUCCGAGUCAACACCUUGGCCUACAAGUCCACGCUCAGUUCCAGCAUGGCUGAGGACGGAGCUCUGCGGGUCAACCAGCACAUGCAGGUGGAAGGUUUCUCCAACAUCUUCGCAGCAGGUGACUGCGCCAACGUGAACGAGCCCAAGAUGGCGUACCACGCUGCGCUGCACGCCGAAGUCGCUGCCGCCAACGUCAUCAACAGCAUCUCCGGGAGGAAGCUAACGACGUAUCAGACGGGUAACAUCACCAUGGUGAUGGCGAUGGGCUGGAACGACGGCGUCGGACAGUUCAAUGGUUUCCAGCUCCCACGAUUCCUCGUCACUUUUUUUAAAAGUCGCAGCCUGCUUGUGUGGAAGAGCUGGUGGGACAUGAAUCAGAAAGAGCACUGACACACACACACACACACACACACACACACACACACAAUCACACACGUGCCUUAUCUUGAUGUCAUUAUAAUGUGUAAACAGUGACUCAAGCAGUUUUUUUCUUAUUUUUACAAAGAAGUGAUAGGGCACCAAACACAGAUCCCUGUGGGACACCUCCUCCACUCUCACUGUUCUACUUCAUGUUUAACAUCGUUUAUUAUCUGGAAUAAUAAAAUAAAAGCACACU